CUGCCGCAGGGGCGACUAGUCGGAGAUCUUGGGGAGCUAGAAAGCAAGAAAGCAACCUGCGAGUUCCAAGGCGGAGAGGGCGAGGGCGAAAGACACUACUGCACACGACGUCCCUUCUCACCCUCUCUCUUCAGCCAGCCAGUCAGCCAUGGCGAGCGCCUCCAGUUCCCAGGAGCGAUGAGCCACUAAGGGGCAACCCCGAGGCCCACCCGGAGGAGGUUUCGUCGGCUGGGACCGAGCUCCUGAGCACCGAGACCCAACAUGUGGCACAACGUGGGGCUCACCCUGCUCGUGUUCGUGGCCACGCUGCUCGUCGUGCUGCUGCUCAUGGUGUGCGGUUGGUAUUUCGUCUGGCAUCUCUUUUUAUCAAAAUUCAAGUUUCUGCGGGAACUUGUUGGAGACACAGGAUCCCAAGAAGGAGACCGUGAGCCUUCAGGGUCUGAAGCAGAAGAAGAUGCUUCAUCAUCGUCACACAGAAUCAGAUCUGCUCGCCAAAGGAGGGUCCCUGCUGAUGAAGAUCACUGACCCUUGUUGGUGCAUGGUGAAAAGCAGUUGGGAGCCUAUCUUUAUACUUGGCCUUGCAACAAGACUGAAGACUAUUUGUACUUGAAUUUUAAAUCCAAUGAAAAAAUAUUUACAUGUAAGCCAUAUGAAAAUAAAGGGAAUUGAAACCAAA